GGAGCAGCCGCGGCGCGGGGCCCGCCGUGCGGCGCCUCUGAGCCCCAGCCGGAGAGCCCGAGCGCCGCGCGGGGAGAGUUGAGAAUCAUGGCUGCAGGAAAAUUUGCAAGCCUUCCUAGAAACAUGCCAGUGAAUCACCAGUUCCCCCUGGCCUCCUCCAUGGACCUUCUGAGCAGCAAGUCACCUCUCGUUGAGCAUCGCACAGAUGCAUAUCAAGACGUGUCUAUACACGGUACCCUUCCACGGAAGAAAAAAGGCCCUCCUCCCAUAAGGUCCUGUGAUAACUUCAGUCACGUGGGUACCCUCCCCCAUUCCAAGUCCCCACGGCAGAACUCACCUCUAACCCAGGACGUCAUCCAGGAACACGCACUGCAAGACUGGAAAGGGGAAACCUUCACCUUCAGGGAUCAGCAUCUUCUGGACCCAACUCUGGAAUAUGUGAAGUUCUCCAAGGAGAGGCACAUCAUGGACAGGACCCCCGAGAGGCUGAAGAAGGAGCUGGAGGAGGAGCUGCUGCUGAGCAGCGAGGACCUGCGCAGCCACGCCUGGUACCACGGCCGCAUCCCCCGACAGGUGGCAGAAAACCUCGUGCAGCGGGAUGGCGACUUCCUGGUUCGUGACUCUCUGUCCAGCCCCGGAAACUUUGUCCUGACCUGUCAGUGGAAGAACCUCGCUCAGCACUUCAAGAUCCAGCGGACGGUGCUGCGGCUCAGCGAGGCCUAUAGCCGCGUGCAGUACCAAUUUGAGAUGGAGAGCUUCGACUCCAUCCCCGGCCUGGUGCGCUGCUACGUGGGCAACCGCCGGCCCAUCUCCCAGCAGAGCGGAGCCAUCAUCUUCCAGCCCAUCAACAGGACAGUGCCCCUGCGGUGCCUGGAGGAGCGCUACGGCACCUCUCCAGGCCGGGCCCGGGAGGGCGGCCUCACUGAGGGAAGGCCCGACAUGGCCAAGAGGCUGAGCCUCACCAUGGGCAGCGUCCAGGCCCGAGAGCAGGGCUUGCCCAGGGGAAACCUCCUCAGAAAUAAAGAGAAGAGUGGGAGCCAGCCAGCCUGCCUGGAUCACAUGCAGGACAGAAGAGCCUUGUCCCUCAAAGCCCACCAAUCGGAGAGUUACCUGCCCAUUGGCUGUAAGCUGCCCCCUGGUGUGGACACAAGCCCCUGCCCAAACUCACCCGUCUUCAGGACGGGCAGCGAGCCCACCCUGAGCCCGGCGGUGGUUCGGAGGGUCUCUGCGGACUCGAGGGCGGGGGAGGCGCUGAGGGGCUCAGACAGCCAGCUGUGCCCCAAGCCACCCCCCAAGCCCUGCAAGGCGCCCUUCCUCAAGGUCCCCCCGUCCCCAUCCACCUGGCUCAACUCCGAGGCCAACUACUGUGAACUGAACCCAGCCUUUGCCACAGGCUGUGACGGGGGAGCAAGGCCGCCCUUCUGUGCCCAGGACAGCUAUGUGGAGCUGCUGACAGCCAAGCAGAACGGGGCACCGGGUCCCCGGAACUCUGGCACCAACUACUUGAUCCUUGAUGACGAUGAUGGGGCAAGGCCUCGGGAGCAGCCGGCAGCGCAGGUAGACAAGGGGCAGGAGGACAAGGGCAAGUUUGUAAUGCCCCUCCUGGAGACCGCCUCCUCGUUCAGGCCCAAUGACUUUGAGUCGAAGCUCCUUCCUCCUGAGAACAAGCCCCUGGAAACAGCAAUGCUGAAGCGUGCAAAAGAGCUGUUCACCAACCGCGACCCCAAGGUCAUCGCCCAGCACAUGCUGAGCGUGGACUGCAAGGUCACUAGGAUACUCGAAGUCUCUGAAGAGAUGAGGAAGAACAUGGGCGUGAGCUCGGGGCUGGAGCUCAUUACCUUGCCUUAUGGUCACCAGCUGCGCCUGGACAUAAUUGAAAGACACAACACGAUGGCCAUCGGCAUUGCAGUGGACAUUCUGGGCUGCACGGGCACUUUGGAGGACCGAGCAGCCACCCUCAAUAGGAUUAUCCAGGUGGCGGUGGAGCUGAAAGACUCCAUGGGGGACCUCUAUUCUUUCUCGGCCGUCAUGAAAGCCCUGGAAAUGCCGCAGGUGCUUGGAGGACUUUGAGUACAAGAUGACAGUCGGGCAAACCCAGUCUGCAACCUGUAACACCAAAACCGCUGGUCAUUCAGCUUGGCUGUUUCAUAGCCGCAGAUUGUCUCUGAAAUCCUGCUGGGUACUCACUGAAAACCCAACACUGCCACUGGAGAAGAUGGCUACAGUCAUGUGUCCUGCAAGUCAGGGCGUGUUAGGGACAUAAUUUCCUCGCAUUAAAGCAAGGUCACCUUAAAAACAAGAAGCUGAACAACUCAAUGCCUUCACUAGGAAAUUUGAGGGGGGGUCAAUUCCAAUUAUAAUAUAAUAUUCCUAGAGCUUUCAAAACUCUUUAGAUGCACUGGAAUUUUGUAGGGUCGAUAUUUGAAAUAAGCAAAUUCAUCCAUAUUUUAAUGAUACACUGCGUUUUAUUAAUAGCAGGGGUUGUAAUUUUUCAUUCAGAUGUCUUUAAUUUGCAUCACAUUUAUUUCCUCUUAUCCAAAACUGCCUAUAAUUUUGGGGGCUGAGGCAACAGGCUGUGCAUAUACCCCUCCAGCCCAAAGCUUCCUCUGAGAAUAGUAAAGGGGAUGUUUUGUGGCAUUAUGUGGUUGCCGUUCAUGACAUCAAACUCAGAGGUUAGGGACUUAUCCUAAAGCACCUAAAUGUGCCUUUGUAGGUGGCUCCCUCCCCUCCAGCAGCGUCAGACUCUUCCCUCCUGGCACCUCAGCAAUGAGGGGACAUAGUCCUCCAGGGUAUUUAGGGCCCUGGGGUGGGAAGUGGCAGACCCACGGAAAACCUGAGAAUCACAUCAUUUCUGUGUGCCAUCCACACUUGCCCCUAUACUACAGCCACGUGCGCCGCCUUCUCUUCUCAGCUUCUAGUAUCAAGAGGGAGCAUCCAGGAGAUGGGCCUAGCCUGCCUGAGAGACAAGGGCUUCUUUCAGAAAGGCCGAUGCGUCGGGGAGGGAGAAGAGAAGAAGAGGACUGUGAGAAGAGAGGGCAACGUGGUGGGUGGCCAGAGGAAGAUCAGCCCACAUCCUUCCCUUCCCAGCAAAUCUGCUGGUGCCGAUCCCUUCUCACCUUCCUCUUAGAGGCCAAGGAAAUGAAUCUCAGCUCUGCCAUUUACCAGCUGUGAAACCUUGAGCAAGUUACCUAAUCUCUUCUGUUUUUUGAUCUGUAAAACAAGGGCAAAAUACCUGCCUCAUAGGGCAUUGUGAAGAUUAAAUGAAAUUCCUCAAAUCACUGACACAGCGCUGGUUCUCAUUUGCUGAAUAUUAGUGCCCUUCCUUGCUUCCACGUUUCAUGUAGAAAACUUCCGACUCAGGCUUGCUGGUUGUAUGGUGUGAGUGGGAGACCAUUUAUCUUAGGAUGUCAGAGUCAGUGGCAUAUGUUGAUGUUGACUAAAUUGUUCCAAAAGAAAUUAAAAGGAAUGAGUAGUGGCAUCAUGUGGUCUGGGCAAUCUUCUACGUGUCUCAGACCUUAUUACUUACGAGUAACAUUAAAAUGCUGUACAUUACAUUCCUAUAUCCUGACAUCAAUAUAACCUCUAUGGACAGUUGGCAACUCCUAUCAGAAUUUAAAAUACAUGUAUUCUUUGACACAGUAAUUUCACUUCUGGAAAUUUAUCCUCCAGAUAUUUUCACACAUGUACACAUUUAUAAAAUAUUAGGUAAUUUUGUAAUAGAAAUAUAUUUUUAAAAAUCUUAUCUAGAGGAGACUAAACUAUGGUUUAUCCAUAAAGUGGAACAUUAUGCAGAAGUUUAACAAAAUAAGUCUGUUCUAUGCUGUUUUAUGUGUACCUAUAUGGAAUGACUUCCAAGCAAGGAACAGAAAAAUAUGUAGUAUGAUACGCAUUUACUUUAAAAGAUGUGUGUGUAUGUCUGUGUAUAGACCCACACAUACAUAACAAGAAAUUGAUGAGAGGAGUGGUUUCUGGGAUGAGCCAUUAGAGCAAUGCA